GCUGAUGUGCAGCAGUCGCAACCAUGUUAGAAAAACUGAAACGGCUUUAUAAUAAAGAUGACUUUGACUAUUCCACUGGGCAGGUGGACCCUUACAAGUUUCAUUCUACGUUUUAUUUUAUGAUGAAAGCGUUUACAGUAAUUGACGAACCUAUACCGAAGUGGAGUUACAUCUCUCUUGCGGUAAAUGUAUUCGACGCAGCAGUCGCUGUGUUUUUUGCUGGUGUCUCAACUUUUCACGGCAUUAUGUUACUCGAUAUAUCAAUCACAACCGAGGCUGGUGUGUACUGUAUCGUUCUGAUAUACAAGUUGCUGAUUCUCACCUGCACCCAACUUGAUAAGGCACACUAUCAUUGUUUGUUGCGGUUUCUGCGAGAGGAUUUCCGAUAUGUGUGUGCUGAAGGAGCUAAGUACAGAGAGAGAUUCUUCGAAAAUCAAUUGGAAACAUGGAAAGUGUCUCUGUGCUCUGUGAUAUUCACGUUUGGCAUUGCAGUUGGCAUGAGUUCAUUUGCUCUGUUGUCGCUCUUUUACUACCUAAUGACAAGAACUCCUGGCGACGGCAGUCAGCGACCUCUACUAGUCCCCUUUUGGUUUUGGGACCUGGACUUUGGAAAAACGCCUAUUUAUGAAAUAGCCUUAAACUUUUCGAAUUUCUGCUUUGUAACAUAUGCAUACAACUAUGUUUUUAUGAUACAAACACAAGUGGUGUGGGUGAGACAAAUCGCAACAAAAGCCGAUUUAGUAAUUUGGGCCAUCGAAGAUCUCUUGCAGGACAUCAACCCGGCCACCAACGAAGAAGAGAAAGCGCACUACGCAGAGUUAAUAAAAUACAGAAUGCGAGAAAUAGUCUCUCAGCAUCACUCCAUGUACACUUUGAUGGAGGCUUACGCUGGAGUUUACAAGAAAUUAUUAAUGUAUGAACAAAAACUUUGUGGCCCUGUGGUUUGCUUGACAGCCUACUGUACCGCCGAGAAAUUGGACGAGGGUGAAUUUAACGCUAUACUAGUAUUGCUUUGUGGUGCAACGGCCACGUUAGUGUUCAUCCCGUGUUAUUUGUGCACCUUUCUGGGAUUAAAAGUGAGAUCAGUAAGUGAUGCUUGCUGGAAUAUUUCGUUUUGGAACGCUGGUCGUGAGAUACGGCCAUACUUGGUUCUUAUCAUGCAGCGAUCAUUGCGCCCGCUCCCGCUUCAAGCCCCUGGCUUUGAAGAAAUAUCUAUACAAACAUUUUCCACAAAAAUGACAAACGCUUAUUCGUUAUUCAACAUGCUGCGGCAGACCAGUAUAUAGAACUUUCUUGGUUCCAAAUUCAGUUGUAAUUUGCACAUAGCGUAGUGUUUACACUUACCGUACAGUUAAAAAUAACAAAUUGUUUUCGAAACGAGAUAAUGAUUGUAUUUAAUAUUAUUAUGUAUCUUAUUGGAGUAAAGUAUCCAUUUCCUUAUACGACUGCCCAAAUUGCCCAUUACACUGCACAUGCUUAUCAUAUUUAACAUAAUAACGCAUUUGAUUUACUAUAUAUUUCUUUUAAAAGUAAGAUAAAUGCUCGUUUACUUUUGAUUAACACUCCGUUAAAAUUAAAUCAGCUGUUAGUAGCACGGUUAGACAGCCGUAAAAUUCGUGUCACGUAAAACUGGCGCCCAACAUGGGCCCAAGCAAAUACAUUGUUGUUACCCACUAAGGCAAUUAUUUGCUCUCGUCGAGUUUGUUUUGUAGUAUUUUUGGUGCUUACUGUAACAAUAAAACAAUAUUUGA